UAAGACAGCUGGUUGCUCAGCCCACAGGACCCUUCUCCUGUCCUAAGUCAUGGCUCAGGCGGGUGUGGCCUUCAACAACAUUAAACUCCAUCCAGGGCAGAGCGUUCGAGUGCAGUUGGAGGUGGACCGCAACCCUGAACAGUGGGCGGUGAACUUGGGCAAAGAUAUUGACAACCUGUGCCUGCACUUCAAUCCUCGCUUCAAGGAACUGGCGGGCGUCGACGCCAUUGUGUGCAACAGCCGGAGAGCAGGCGCCUGGGAGCAGGAGCAGUGGGAGCCUGUCUUCCCGUUCGAGCCCGGAAGCGUGGUAGAGGUGUGCAUCACCUUCGACAAGGCAGAGCUGACCAUCAAGCUGCCAGAUGGACACACAUUCAAGUUUCCGAACCGUCUCAACAUGGAGACCGUCGAUUACGUGGGAGCAGGAGGUGACAUCGAGAUCAAGUCUGUGUCCUUUGAAUGAAGCCAGUCA